UCUGUCGCCUAAUCAUAUAAAAUGGGUAUCAAACGAUCACAUCUCAGUACGGCGCUGACAUUCUUUGACAUAAUUUGCAAACAAAAUGCAGCUUUUAUUAGUUUAUUUUAUCGCGAUUUUGAUCACUUGUCUCGAUGCCCAGCUCCAACUCGUCCAUGUGUUUUUCAGACAUGGAAGUCGUACUCCCGAACUCAAAGACAUUUACCCGACAGAUCCCUUCAAUGCUGAGACUUUUGCUCCAAUGGGAUAUGGGGCCUUGACUCCCAAAGGUCAGAACAUGUCUUUCAAAUUGGGCCACCUUUUGAGGCAAAAAUACGAUUCUUUCCUGGGCGAUAUUUACACUCCUGAUAUCGUCAAGGCUUACAGCACGGACUUUGAUCGGACUAAGAUGACGGCACUUUUGGUCUUAGCCGGGCUUUUCCCGCCCUCAAAGUCGCAAAAAUUCAACGAUAAACUCGCCUGGAUGCCAAUUCCCUAUCACUACGAUAAAGACCCAUACGACUAUACUUUGAGACGCCCUAAUGCGUAUUGUCCCGCGUAUAUGAAGGAAUUAGAGGAAGUGCUUUCGUCGGAGGAAGUCCAGCGUGAGAUGAAAGCCAAUCGCGACUUUUUCAAAUACAUCGCCGAGAAGACGAAAAAACCGAUGAACACUCUCGGCGAUGUGUUCGGAGUUUACCAAACUUUGAACGCCGAGGAAUCAAUGAAUCUCACUUUACCUGAAUGGGCGCAGAGCGUUUACCCCGAACAAUUACACGCAAUGGCAGCCAAACAAUGCAAUUACGAGAACUACAACACGGUUCUGAAGCGCUUAAACGGGGGCCGCAUGUUGGGCCAGAUUAUCAAGCAGAUGUCGGCCAAGUCUCGGAAUUUAUUGCGCGAAAAAAUCUUCCUGUAUUCCGGACAUGAAAACAACCUGAUCAAUAUUUUAGCUGCUUUAAAUUUGUUCAAACCUCACGUGCCGAAAUACAGUGCAGCAGUGAUCGUCGAACUGCACCAGAACGGAGUCAAGGUGCUGUAUUUGAGAGAUGUUACAAGUGAACCUGAAGUGCAAAAGUUGGAAGGGUGCGAUGUUCUCUGCCCUUUGGAUGACUUUAUACGAAUUACAAGACCCCACGUUCCUGGUAAUUAUACGGCGGAAUGCCAUUCGCAUGUUAAUUUGGACUAGGAGCAAAAACGGCGACACUAAACAGGAAUUAUUUAUUUGUGUAACAGUUUGUUGUUAGAGCAGUAUUAGGUUGUUGAAAUAAAAAUUUUGACGAUGAUUGCGA